AUGCCGAGCGCGUCGUUUUCGUCGUCGCGCAGCUACGUGCGGAGGUCGCGUCGGAAAAACGGAAACAGGAUCCCCUUGCCGAGAACGGCCGAGCCAUGCGAUCUACCAUGUCCAACGGCCAAUCAGAUCAUUCCAGUAGUAGUUGGCGGUGGAGGCGGAGGAAGUGGUGCACGAGGCUCGUCCCCUAGUGUAUCCGGAGUUGCUGCUCCGUCACCGUUACCUCAAUCGCACUCAUCGCCAUAUGAUCUGAGACGUAAAAGUCCACCGCAUCCUGAUCCAGCGCCUGGCACGAGUUCCGCCCUUCCGCCAUCGGGUGGCAUUGCUGCUACUUUCGGUUCAUCGUCCUUACCGGCGAGGAAGCGACCAAGACGAACAUGUUCGUUGUCGACAGAUGGUAUAAAUACAAACACGGCAGCACAUUAUCUCCAGUAUGAAUUGCCUGAUGAAGUACUACUCACAAUAUUUAAUUAUCUAAUGGAGCAAGAUCUAUGUCGUGUAUCGCAAGUCUGCAAGCGAUUCCAAGUAAUUGCGAACGAUACGGAAUUAUGGAAAUCUCUAUACCAACAGGUCUACGAGUACGACUUGCCGUUGUUUAAUCCAGGGCCAUGUAAAUUCGAAUUCGUCUCACCGGACGAAACUGAGUAUCAGAAUCCCUGGAAGGAAAGUUUUAGGCAGCUAUACAGGGGUGUGCACGUGCGGCCUGGUUUUCAAGACUUAAAGUUUAAGGGCCGUAAUCUGCCGUAUUUUAACACAGUUCAGGGUGCGUUGGACUACGUCGACGAGUACAGGAGUAACAGCGCCUCGGCAAACAGCGGUACUACAACUGGCGGCCAAGGUUGUUGCAAUAGCACUUCACAAACAAGCGGAGAGGAUACAUCGACGCAGCAUUUAGUCUUUUUACACGCUGGCACAUAUAGAGGCGAAUUUCUUGUGAUUGACAGCGAUGUAGCAUUGAUUGGUGCAGCGCCAGGAAAUGUUGCGGAAUCCGUUAUUCUGGAGCGAGAAAGCGAAUCAACGGUUAUGUUUGUGGAAGGUGCAAAACGCGCUUACGCCGGGCAUCUCACAUUGAAAUUCACACCCGACGUCACGAGUACAGUGCCCCAUCAUAAACACUAUUGUUUAGAAGUAGGCGAAAAUUGCAGUCCUACUGUUGAUCAUUGCAUCAUCAGAAGCUCGAGUGUUGUUGGCGCAGCGGUUUGCGUAUCGGGUGUAGGUGCCAAUCCAUUAGUAAAGAACUGCGACAUAUCAGACUGUGAGAAUGUUGGAUUGUACGUGACUGACUACGCCCAGGGUACAUAUGAGGAUAAUGAGAUCUCACGGAAUGCCCUUGCUGGCAUCUGGGUGAAGAAUUACGCGAAUCCCAUCAUGCGACGGAAUCACAUUCAUCACGGCCGCGAUGUUGGAAUAUUUACGUUCGAUAAUGGGCUUGGAUACUUUGAAGCCAACGACAUUCAUAACAAUCGGAUAGCAGGUUUUGAAGUAAAAGCUGGUGCUAAUCCUACUGUUGUUCAUUGCGAGAUCCAUCAUGGCCAGACUGGGGGCAUCUAUGUACAUGAGAACGGUCUUGGACAAUUCAUCGAUAAUAAGAUUCAUUCAAACAAUUUUGCUGGAGUAUGGAUCACGUCGAACUCUAAUCCAACUAUACGUCGAAAUGAAAUAUACAAUGGCCACCAAGGUGGAGUGUAUAUUUUCGGCGAGGGCAGAGGUUUGAUCGAACACAAUAACAUCUACGGCAACGCACUAGCUGGUAUACAAAUUAGAACAAACUCGGAUCCGAUCGUCCGGCAUAACAAGAUACACCACGGCCAGCACGGCGGCAUUUAUGUGCACGAAAAAGGCCAAGGCUUAAUAGAGGAAAACGAAGUAUAUGCCAAUACCCUGGCAGGCGUAUGGAUCACAACGGGUUCGACGCCGGUUUUAAGGCGAAAUCGAAUUCACAGUGGCAAACAGGUCGGCGUAUAUUUUUACGACAAUGGCCACGGGAAAUUGGAAGACAAUGAUAUUUUCAAUCAUUUAUAUUCAGGAGUACAAAUAAGGACUGGCAGUAAUCCGGUCAUACGUGGUAAUAAGAUAUGGGGAGGACAAAACGGUGGAGUUUUAGUGUAUAAUAGUGGCUUAGGCUUACUCGAACAAAAUGAGAUUUUUGACAAUGCAAUGGCUGGCGUCUGGAUUAAAACAGACAGCAAUCCGACUCUUAAAAGAAAUAAGAUAUUCGAUGGACGUGACGGCGGAAUUUGUAUAUUUAAUGGAGGCAAAGGUAUUUUGGAGGAGAAUGACAUAUUUCGCAAUGCGCAAGCGGGUGUGCUUAUAUCGACACAAUCGCAGCCGAUCCUGAGGAGGAACCGAAUUUUCGACGGCUUAGCAGCCGGUGUUGAAAUAACUAACAACGCCACUGCUACCCUGGAAUUCAAUCAAAUAUUCAAUAAUCGAUUUGGCGGUCUGUGUCUGGCGAGCGGGGUGCAACCGACGACUAGAGGCAAUAAAAUAUUUAAUAACCAAGACGCGGUAGAGAAAGCAGUUGGGAACGGCCAAUGUUUAUACAAAAUUUCUUCAUACACCUCCUUCCCCAUGCACGACUUCUAUCGUUGUCAAACGUGUAACACGACGGAUCGAAAUGCGAUAUGCGUCAACUGUAUAAAAACUUGUCACGCCGGUCACGAUGUGGAAUUCAUCAGACAUGAUCGAUUCUUUUGCGAUUGCGGCGCCGGAACAUUGAGCAAUCAGUGUCAGCUGCAGGGUGAACCUACGCAAGAUACAGAUACGUUGUACGAUAGUGCGGCGCCCAUGGAAUCACAUACACUUAUGGUCAACUAGGAACUAACCUAAAAUAAUUUAAACAAUCAAACAAUGUUUAGAGUCGUAAGUCCAGUAAUAUUGCGAGCACGCGCAGUAAAAUUAAAAUUGCCGAGUUCUUUAUUAUAAUCUUCGGUUUAUAUCGUUAUUAUAUCAUUG